CCGCCGUCUUCCUGACGGGGGCGCCUUCCGCGGCGCAGGCACACUCCGUUAGCCAGAGGACCAGGUAUAGAGAAUAUCCAGGUAGUGGCUGCAGUUCAUCUCUGGUCUAGUUACCAUGUAUCAUGGGCGAAGCACUGGUAAAGGACCCUCCACACCCAUGCAGAUUUACCAGCAACCUCCAAGGCUUCUCAUUGUGCAAAUUGCCCUACCAUCCUGGGCUGACACCUGCUCCAAUCUCUGUGAGGCUCUGCAGAACUUUUUCUCUCUAGCCUGCAGCUUGAUGGGCCCCAGCCGCAUGUCCCUCUUCAGCUUAUAUGUGGUACAAAAUCAACAUGAGUGUAUCCUUCCCUUUGUGCAAGUGAAAAGGAACUUUGCUAGGCUGCAGGCCUGCAUCUCAGAACUCCGCAUGUUGCAGAGAGAAGGCUGUUUCAGACCACGCGGCACUUCUCUGCAGCUGGCAGUACAGGAUGGGCUCCAGCAGUUCAAACAAUACAGCAGACACAUGACCACAGGUGCAUCUCUGAGCUACACUUCCCUGGAGAUUACUGUUCUGACUUCCCAGCCUGGAAAAGAGGUGGUCAAACAACUGGAGGAAGGAUUGAAAGAUACAGACCUAGGCAGGGUCAGGAGACUUCAGGUGGUUGAGAUCACAAAGGGAGACCUAGAGUAUACGGACUCAGUAUCCCCUGCUGAAGAACCUAGCAGUGAUGAGAGUUCUAUCCUGGGAACUGACAUUGACCUCCAGACUAUAGACAAUGAUGUUGUCAGCAUGGAGAUUUUCUUCAAAGCCUGGCUACAUAACAAUGGAACAGACCAAGAACAUAUCCAUCUUCUACUUCCUUCACAGUGUUUCAGCAACAUUUCCAGAUCCAGAGAUGAUUCAAUGUGCCUGAAAUGUGAUCUCCAAGAGCGACUCCUCAGCCCAUCCCUGCUCCCUGGCACAGCUGACGGCUCCUUGAGAAUGGAUGACCCUAAAGGAGACUUCAGCACACUCUACCAGAUGGCCUCCCAGUCGUCAGCCUCUCGUUACAAGCUCCGGGUGAUCAAGGCUCUAAAUUCCAGUGGGAUCUGCGAGUCAUUGACAUAUGGACUGCCCUUCAUCCUCAGACCCACAAGCUGUUGGCAGCUGGACUGGGAUGAACUAGAGACAAAUCAGCAGCACUUCCAUGCCUUGUGUCACAGCCUGCUGGUGAGUAUGCAUGUCCCCAGGUGA